AAUGCAGAAACUGAGAUUACGGAAAGUUGUGUAUCUUACCUGUUAUUUGAUUCGUUUGAGAGCGGACCUUGUCAAACACGGGAUGAACUUCAGGAACGGUUGAAGAUAAAUAAUCUCUAUGACUAUUCCUCACAUAACUGGGGACACCACGCUCUCGAGGCUUUAACUUUAUCCUCAGGCGUCAUGGGCUUUCUCGAACACGACAUGAAGGUUGAGGCAUUAAGCCAGGCACUGAUGCGUAGCAACUACGCGUGA